AAGUCUCAUCUAUCUAUUGACUGUCUAACAUUCAAACUUGCCUUGACCUUACACAAUUAUUCCUCUGUUCGCACCCUUUCUGAUUUCUCGAAAGUGGCCGUAUAAUCGUUAUAACUAUGGCGUCACGAAAGAAGGUCUUGUUGAAGGUUAUUAUCCUUGGAGAUAGUGGUGUUGGAAAGACAAGCUUGAUGAAUCAAUAUGUCAACAAAAAAUUUAGCGCCAGUUACAAGGCAACAAUCGGAGCCGACUUUCUCACGAAAGAGGUCCUUGUGGAUGAUCGACUAGUCACAAUGCAGCUCUGGGAUACGGCCGGUCAAGAGCGCUUCCAGUCCCUAGGUGUCGCAUUCUACCGCGGAGCCGAUUGCUGUGUUUUAGUUUACGAUGUCAACAACUCCAAGAGUUUCGAAGCCCUCGACAGCUGGCGAGACGAGUUCCUCAUUCAGGCUAGCCCGCGAGACCCUGAAAGUUUUCCGUUUGUUGUGAUUGGUAAUAAGAUCGACGUGGAGGAGAACAAGAGGAUGAUAUCAUCGAAGCGAGCCAUGACAUUCUGCCAGUCCAAAGGGAACCUUCCCUAUUUCGAGACCAGCGCCAAGGAGGCACUCAACGUUGAGCAGGCAUUUGAGGUGAUCGCUCGUAGCGCGCUUGCACAAGAGGAAUCGGAGGAGUAUGGCGGAGGAGAUUUUGGCGACCCAAUCAACAUUCGACUAGACAGUGAUCGUGACGGCUGCGCUUGCUAAGCCAGGAGUGCAUUUGAAAUUUAUAUACGUGCUGUCUCCCUCCAGAUCCAUCCUACAAUUUCCGUGCAGUGAGCUUCCUAGACCUCUUCCACGUCCUUGCAACUGUACCCAUGCGAAGAUGACUACUCUUUUCCACGAUCAGUUUAUUCCAUUGUGCUUUUGCUUGUGCGUGAUCCGUUUAUUGUUUGUGUACUUGAUUCAUAGUUCCUUUGUCUGAUGUUUGCGCGUUUCGGCCCAAGACUUGGUCUUCUUUUAUCUUCAUCAUCAGGAGUCUGGGAUAUUCCCCGUUGUCAUGUACCCUACUUCCACCCCUCAUAUAUUACUAUUUCGUCGAAUACAUAAUACUCCCGUAUACGAAGUGACAAUUCCAUUCAUGAUCU